AUGGAAAGGCCCACAUGGUUCCUGUGUGAGCUGGUGCAGUCCCGGGGUGAAACCAUCUGUGCUCACCUGCUCCCGGAGGAGUGUGUGUCUACAGAAGCAUUUCUCUCCAUCGAGCUCCAGCAGAACCUGUCCACAGUCCAUGUGCAGGACAUGUUUGAGCCUUCGCAGUGCAUCCGCCCUCGGUCCCCACUCGCCCCAGUGUUGGUGGCAGCAGCAGAGCUCUGGAACAUCACCUGGACCUCUGGAUACGAACACAGCCUUUUGAGCGAAGCGUUGGAAUUCGAGCUUCUCCUGCAGAACACCGCUGACCUGUGCUCCUCAGACUCCUGCAAGUCUCAUGUGUUGAGCUGUCAAAGCCCUCACGUGUUGGUGGAGGCGUCUAAGCUGGAGCCCGAGUCUCUGCUGUGCGCUCGGGUGCGAUCCAGACCGUCUCAUCAGGACUACAGCGGCGUGUGGAGCCACUGGAGCCCGCAGACCUGCAGGACGUCGCAUCGCACCGGUCAGAGUGGUCAGCUGGUGAUAGGUGCACUGUGUGUCCUGCUGUUGAUGGUCCUGUCCGUCUCCACAGUCAGGUUCUGGAUGAAGAUAAAGACUCCAGUACCAUCACCAGCCCCGUUCUUCAAGCCUCUGUUCUGUCAGUAUGACGGUCGUCUGAAGGAGUGGAUCUCUGCCCCCUGCAGCUCUGUGCUGGACCUCGACAUGUUUCCCACCACAUUCGUGAUGGUGGAAUGUUUCCAGAAGGAUCCAGAGCCUCCGGAGGUUCCAGGACCAGUCUUCUCUCUGGAGCUGCCCUGCGCUGACAGCUCAUAUGUGGGGGUUGAGGAUCUCCCUUCUCCAACACUUCUCUCCAGAAUGUGCCCCGGCUCUGGCUCGUCUUACAUACAGCUUCCACUCAGUAACUAUGCGGACUAA